AUGCCAAACUACCUAAUAACCGGCGCCGCCCGCGGUAUCGGCCGAGGUCUGACCCGACAUCUCCUCUCCCAAGGCCACCGCGUCUUCCUCCUAGACUCCAACCUCCCGGAACUAACAACAACCACAACCCACCUACUCACACACGGCUUCACAACCCCUCAAGACUUCAAAACCUCACAUACGGACCUCUCCUCCCGCUCCUCCAUAUCCACCGCGAUCACAGAUGCCACGGAGUACUUCCAAGGCAAAGUAGAUGUCUUAAUCAACAAUGCUUUUGCUACACCUCAUGUAUGGUCUGGGAAUGCAUCGAUGGAUUCGACGGAUGUGGAUAUAAUGAGUGAAUGGGAUCAUAAACUAUCCGUGGGACUUACGGCUCCGUUUCUUCUUAGUCGCCUUUGUAUUCCACUUUUAACUUCCUCUUCCACUUCUUCCUCUUCUCCUCCUCCUUCUACUAAAACUUCGCCCCCGGGAUGUAUAAUCCACAUCUCAUCUACUCGUGCUCACCAGUCCGAAGUCAACCAUGAAGCUUACUCCGCCAUAAAAGCCGGGUUGAUAGGGUUGACUCAGUCGAUGUCUGUGUCUUUAGGUGAGAAGUAUGGGAUUAGGGUUAAUGCUAUUUCUCCCGGUUGGAUUCAUGUUGAAAAUGAGAAUGGGAAGGGUGACGAGGAAGGGAGGAAGUGGGAGGAUGGAUUGACGGAGGGAGAUCAUCGGUGGCAUUCUGUUGGGAGGGUGGGGAAGGUGGAGGAUAUUGCUAAAGCGGUGGAGUUUUUGGUAAACUCAGAGUUCGUGACUGGGACGGAGAUCGUAGUUGAUGGAGGGGUUAGUAGGAAGAUGGUAUAUCCGGAGUAA